AUGAUCGGGUUAUCUGGAAGGGUCGAUGCCAUAUCAAACAGUAACUCCCAGGCAACAAUGUCCCAAGUCGAUGAUCGUUCCCAUCUCGCUAAGCGGAGGAAGCUCGAUACCUCGCAAGAGUCUGAGAGCUCCCCUGCCAUAACUUCACAUACGCAGCUCCGCUCGCUUUUAGUGUUCCAACAGAAUGUUGUAGAAUCAAAGCAAGGCAUAAGGAAAUUCAAAGAAUUUCUUACGUCAAUAGGACAGACUGACAACGAGGCUGAGAAAGCCAAAAAGUUUCGCAUCCUCAAGGCGUACUGCGACUCGCAGAUCUCACGCAACACCGAGGAAGCAGUCUGCUUUCCUGACCUGAUCGAGACGUGGAACUUUGCAGACAGCAGUAGCAAUGAAUCUUUGUUGACUGUCGUACCCUCGGUUUUGGCUAUUUUCAUCAAGACCGUCUCUAGCCAUCUAGACUUUCGCGAGUUUGGCAUCGCCCUGUGCAAGCAUUUGUUGCAGAAGGACCAGCUGCGAUUAUUCAACCGUGGUAUCACCGCGAACAAGUCCAAGGAGCAUCUGAUUUCACCCUGUCUCCGCCUGUUGACUGAAAUUGUCAGCUUUGAUGGUGGUGCUGUCGCUCGACAACUAUAUCUCGCGCGACACAUUACUUUCAAGCGCAUUGACGUGUUCCUGACACCGAAUAAAGCGCAGCUGGAGGAUAAGUCUGAUGAUCUAAAUGCGUCUACCUUGAGAAGGAAUGCUCAGAGAUAUGUUCUUGCAAACCUUAAAUUCCAAAAUGCUGCCAACAAAACCGACACCAUCGAGCAGCAAAAGGUUAUGAGAGCCUUCCUUGAGCAUCUCAGGAAGGAUCCACGGGACAUUGUCGUUGACAUAAUCAGAGCAAUUGAAAGAGACAUUAUUCAGGAUAAAUCUCUUUCUCGGAACACCAAAACAAAAUUCUUUAGCCGAUGGAACCUGGAGAGACUCGUCACACUUUACGGAUAUGACCGUGAGACCGAGCAGGAAAACACGACCGAUGUGUCCCUUGCCGACGAGAUACAUAAGCUUUUGAUGACAGUUUGCACCAAGACUGAGCACGGUGUCUUGCUGCCCGAAACUGGCUGGUAUCCGAAUGGCAGUGAUCCAGAAACACUACCUGUGGACGAUGAUACCUCUAUCGACCUGGGCCUUGAUUCUGCUGCUUAUGUGGACAAAUACAGCGAAACUGUUCCCGUUCGUAAUGGAACUCUGUCUUACCUCAUUCAAUCACUCCGCCCCGAGUCCGAUAGUCUCCAGAUUGCACUACUAUUAGCCAUUUUCAAAGCAGCACCGGAACUAAUUGCUGAUUACUACACUAAGAAGACUAUGUUCGUGGCGGACCCGAAGCCUACACCCUCGUGGAUGGCGGAGUCCACUGUUCUUUUCUCCACAGUCAGCUUGCCUGUCCCUACCAAUUGCGGAUGGAAGGAUAGACUACCUGCUAUGCCUCCGCCAGUCUCUGUGGCCAUUGAAAAUAUUUUGCCCCGGGCUCUUACGCAGAAAGUUCUAACCCGCUGUUUCAACAUGAACGCCGAAAUUGUUACUCUUUUCGCGGUUAGAAUCUUGACGAUAUCUUUCAAUAAGUUGCGGGCAGUCUUGAAUAUAUUCAAUUCCGACCAUGGGGUUAGCCAACCUCUAUGGGCCCAAGCCACAGACAAGUUGAUUGUUGAGUUCUGUAAUCGAUGCCCCCAGGUGAAGGAUGUCGUGACGUUGUUCCGAAGAACGGCCAAGGAUGACCUACAACAGCAAGAGGCAGUUUCAGAACUCCUUGCUUGCUUUUAUGAAGUUAUGCCAGAUGUUGCUUUUGAGGAAGCCUUCGAUGUCUCGCUAGUCCUUGUUGAUGUUUUGAAACGACUGGAUGAGGGAAAUCUUGGAUCGGAAGACUCUGGGCUCUUGAUGAGUCAAUUGCAAUCCAUCCUCAAGAUCACUCAGCAAUCGGCAUCUCUGCGUUGGUGGCAACAACCCGGAUCUAUGCAGUUUUCUGCAUUCACCUCGAUUCUGAAAGUUUUACUCAACGCACCUUCGAGAGAUUCUUUUAAAGAAAUCGACAAGCUCCUCAUGAAUGUGCUUACAGAACAUUCGGUAAUCCGCCCUUCGAGCUUUUCAGCGCUUCUUCCUAGCUUUGAAUCGUCGGACUCCGAAACCCUUCAACGCCAGCUGGCAUUCUUUGAUAAUUGCGCGUGCCGUAUAGCUAAGAAACCUGUCCACUACUAUGAUCUACUCGGGUCUUUGGUGGAUUCGUCGAAGCCGCUCAGCCCUCUGGUGGCUGCUGUUAUUGAACAAUGGCCCUUCGUCCUCAAAGCUGGGAGUGCAAGCAACCAAAAAGACGUAGGUGAAUUUGUCGUCAACUUGCUCAGGAACCUCCACUCCGUCAGCGAGAGCUUAUCGGGGCUGAAAGCAGCCCGGGACGAGCUGGCCAACGUUACCGAAGACAAGAAGCUCAAAUCACGUUUCAAGAAGGCCUUGAAAGGAAGCGAAGAGGCUGAACAGGACGGUCAAAAACAAAAUUUCCACUCAUCUGCUCAGACAUCAUCAAGUGCCAAGAAAGAGUGGCAAGAUCUGGAUCUGGAAGAAAUAUUUGGCUCUCUACCGGUUGAGGGGACUACUCAUAAUGAACUAUCCCGAUGGGAGCAGAAAGAACUGGAUGUGUCCUUGGAGCAGGGUCGGGUGACAGAACUCCUACUUUGCUUGUGUUCUGAGCACGAAGAGGUCAGACGACAGGCGCUUCCGAAUAUUUCACGAUUCAUGAUGAAGCUGAAGGAAUCCACAUACCCUGAAUGGAGGACUGCCUAUAUUCUUACCGGAGAGCUGCUCGAGACAGUGAAACAGAUCGGAGUUGACUCACCUGUUCCUUGGAUAGUAGGAGAGUGCGCCUCUAGCUGCCUUUCGGUCCUUGUGAACCCAAUGCAUAAGAUGUUUGGGAAAGUCAACAAAUUUAUCCAGAAAGCACCUUCGUGGGAGGUAGAGAAGAUCCCGUCUUAUUGGAUCGACAAGAUCUUGCUGCACGAACCGGAGUUGGAUGACGGUUAUUUUGAGGAGAUUGCCUGGUUGUUGGAUUUGCUUGUCAAGGGCCUGCGGACUGAGAGGGAUAUGGAGAUCUAUCGCCGGGCCAAUGUGUUUGAACGAGUAUUGUCAUUCUACGAGUCGCCAGGUGCUGGCUUUUCCGCGAAGAGGAGAAUUUUGCAUCUGCUGUAUCGUUCGGUUCAAGUCAAGGGUGGCACAACGCUUAUUACAAGGGCGGGAAUCGUCAGCUGGAUCCAGAGCCAGCUCCCAGCAGUGAGUGGCAGGGAUGCAUCUACUCUGACAGCUAUGGCAGUGUCGUUAUUCCAAUCCUCGGAUCAGGAUCGGGUUGAAAAGUGGAGCGGAGGCACUGCUCUCCGGACCGUUGAAAACAUUACUGCUUGA